AUGACCGGCCUGGAAGUCAUUGGCUGCGUGGCUUCGGUCGUGUCAGCCUUCCAUGGCGCCGCAGAACUGAUUCAAAUGCUCAAAGAGCGCAAAGAGAAGAAAAAGAAGCGGAAGCAGGAAGAAAUCGAAAGGAUUAUAGAGGCGAAAAUGCUACAUCAAUCGCUCGUCCAAGGUGAGCAAGACUGCGAACGAUGCAGUGCGGAGGGCCAGCAGCGUUUCGGGCACGCUUUCAACCGUGGUGAUGAUAUUGCGGUGUCUCAGCUUAAAGACGUGGUCAUUCAUCUGCAGGGUGAGGUUAUCCGCGCAUUGCAGAUUGCUAUGGCGGUAGAAUCCGCUGUACUUAACGUUCCUCGCCUUCACGAGUCAUCGAUCCUCGACCGGACGACUGCGGUCCGGAGUAUGCAAGAUCUAUGCCAACGCAUAGCCAUGCGCAUGCCGCCGCAGAGGUACCUUGGAGGCGAGUACGCAGAUUUCGGUAUGGCGACGAGCGGCAUUACAUUUGCUGGUGUUCACCGCAGCGACACAGCAGAGCGAGCUGGUAGACUGUCAUUGAACGACUCAGUACGACUGGGAAGCGAAGCUGGGUCUAGCCACCAAGCCACCGAAAGCGUCGGCUCAAUGACGGAUCGAGAUGACCACGCUGAAGGCGAGACCGGGCCUCUUAACCGCAUACCGACGACACUGUCUGGCAGUAGCGCUGUCAGUCCAGAGCCUCUGACACCGUCGAGCUCUGCGGCUUCCACUCGGUCUGUCCAUCUGCAGGAGCCUGACCGUGAAAUGGCACGUUCGAGUUCAGCGCCAGAGGUGGUCACGAAAGGAUAUGAGUCGUUGAUGUCUCGACCACCGAGACCAUCGUUACAUGCUCAGCCUUCAUCAAUUCCACCGAGAGCAAACUUCGCGUCAUUCGGGGACUUGCAACCUGGUUACGCAGCACCCUCUCCGGUCGUCGAGUCUGAGGAACCAUGGCUACCAUGGGACCGCCCAACUUCGCUCAACAACUACCACGGCUUCUGCAAAGGCGCCUGGCUUGUCCGUUCAUCCCCGCAAUCAGGCCUGAGUAUCGCUAUGUUGACCGACAACAGCGGCCAGCAAGCGCCAUAUUGGAAAUGCAAGCAUUGCGCCUUCCGAUCUAAGGCCACCGCCGGCGCAAACCACACUCCAGACCAGAUCUACUUUGCCAAGUCCGGUAUACGGUAUCGCUGGCUCUUCCUGGCUAAGUCGCACGUUCCGGCUCAGGAGUCCUUUCGCAGGCCAGAGAACUACGCUUACGCUUGCAUCUUCUGUGCCGCACAGGGACAUAGUGGUGCUGCUCAUGUUGACUUAGACUCGCUGCUUUGGCACAUCACCGCCAAGCACAAGACUACCAUGAUGACGCCGGAGGUGAGGAGUAAAACUAGGUGUAUCGUGGGCGGCACCGCUGACCGAACCGACGAAACCUGGGAUAUCAAUCUGCCGGAGACGAUCAAGCGGAGCAUGGGGACUGCAUUUGGUGGGUUGGUUAUUGGUGCUGUUACUGGCAUUCCGGGGUACGGAGACCGCAUUUGAAACGGCGCAUUGUAUGUUUUAAUUGGCGUUAAGGAUCAGAGGCGUUUCCAUCGGACGCAUCGGCAGCGAGCCGUCGGGAGGAUGCACAGGUAUACCCAAAUGCUUUCUCUGCUCAGCUUGAUUUGUUCAUCACUAUUCAUACACUUUCCAGCGCAUGCAGUUUCGUAAGGG